GGAGGGCACUCUGUGUCUGCGGCAUUGCCUACAUAAUACCGUUUACAGAAACCGACCUCGAACCGACAAGCUCAAGCAAUCCAAGCAAGAACUCAACCAUGGCGGCUAGGAUGUUGCAGAGGCGCUUAGGCUCACUCCUUCUCCGCAAUCAGCAGCCUAACUCUCAUCUCUUCAAAGAUCAAUUUGUUCCUUCUGCAAGUUCUAUACUCAGAAGAUAUGGAUUUGACAAAAGAGAUCUUCAGACGCAAACAAAUCCAACCAAUCUGGUUAACGAGGAUUUGACAAAUCUUGAAGAUGGCAGUUUGAAACCCAAUAAUGAUGCGAAUGCUAUCAACAGUUCCGAUACCAAAUUUUCUGCUUCUUCCGAGCAGAAAAUAUCCCCAAGGCAUGACCUGGCCAUGCUUUUUACCUGCACUGUCUGUGAAACAAGAUCCAUGAAGACGUGCAGUAGAGAAUCAUACGAGAAAGGUGUGGUGGUAGCUCGCUGUGGCGGGUGUAACAAUCUCCACCUGAUUGCUGAUCAUCUCGGGUAUUUUGGAAAACCAUCCAACGUUGAGCAAUUUCUGGCUGCCCGUGGGGAAGAGGUGAAGAAAGGUUCUGCUGAUACGUUGAAUCUGACUCUCGAAGACAUAGCCGGAAUGAAACUUCAGGGUUGAACUUAAGCAAUUUGAAUAGUUUCAGAAGCUUCAUGGCAUGUAUAUUAGAGUUUUCUUUAAGACAAAUAUGCUUCUGUGUUCGGCGUUAACCCUUAUGUAGUAUUAUUUUAAUUUUAGUAUAAUUUGGUGGUUGUGUUUUUGAUCAAAUACAAGAAAAGCAACCCACAUAUGUAUAAUUCGAUUUUGAUUGGUGCUGUUAUAUGAUAUAUGCAAGCCUUUUCCCGUAAAUCUGAGUUUAAGGAAAAGGCAAGGGGUUGAUUUGAUCCCAAUUAAA